UGAACAUACAUUUCUGAUGGCUGUAGUGUAGCCGGUCAACCCGCUGAGCACCAUUCCAGCCAUACUUCCUAGCCUGCUGUUUGAAUGGAACAGAAAGGACUCCUAAUUUUAAUUUCCAUCGAACAUGGCUAGCUUCGAUUUUGUGUCAUCCUGUGUGGUGUGACAGUUCUGGUGAUUUGCUUUUACUAUGUCAUGUUACCCUUACUCUUUGACCUUAAGUAGCCUAAUUGCCUCACCCUCUUUUUGACUCUGUUCUAGAGAGUCUAACCCUGACCUGGAAGGUUCAGGAUUGACAGGCUGGUGCGGUUUCUAGGAAUGUAUCUGAGACAUUACUUCAUGUCAAAUAUUCCUCCACUCUUCCACAGCUCUUAUUCAGAAAAUGUGUCAGACGUCAGUUCAGCUGAUGUCAUCAAUGGUUCAGUCUCAAAGCUCUCUCUCUCACAGGUAAGAAGUCAUCAUGCCUUCAUUCGUCAUCGAUCAGCCUCUGCCCAUCAUGGAGUCCAAAGAGUCUGACCAGUGGAGUUCCGGAAUCUGUGACUGCACCGAUGACAUGGCAGACUGCUGUUUUGGAUUCUGGUGUUGUCCCUGCCAUGCCUGCACUGUACAUACAAGGGAGUACGGACAGUGUCGUUGUCUCCCUCUGCUGGACAUCUUCGGCAUCAUCCCACCCGUCACAAUGUCCAUGAGGGUGUCCAUGCGCCAGCGCUACGGCAUCAAAGGCACUAUCUAUAACGACUGUGUGAACGCCACCUUCUGCAACUGCUGUGUCUGGUGCCAGAUGUCCAGAGAGAUGAAGAGCCGCAUCAUCCCCAUUGUCCUGGUCAGUGCUAGGAAGUAGGAACGGAUGACCAACAUGUUACCAUAACCUCAAUAUCACCGUAGUCAUCCCAAUACAGCCAUAACCUUUUUCAGAGUCAUGUUUCUGUGUUUAUAGAAUGUAUAUUUAUUCCUACAUGCCCGAAUUGUCAGAUUGUUUGACAAGAAGUCAUUGUAAACAGUGUAUAUUAAAACAAUAUUUAUGCAUGCUUAAAAUGAUGUAUAUACGUCAUUCUAUGAACUAUUAUGCCCCC